AUGGGCCGAAAUGAUAUUGAAAAUCAUCCUCAUCGAGUAUCAAAUUCAACUCGAAGGAAUGAUCGUGGAAUUUCUUUACCCAAGCUGCCGCCCUUAGAUACUAGGCAAGCCUUCUCAGAUGACUCCGAAUCGAAUACACAAGAUGAUGUAUCCAUCGGAUGGACUCCUGUAAGUGAUAAACAACCGUUUUCGGCUAGGACGUUGCCAUCAUUGCCCCAGACGCCCUUAAAAUUGAAUACCAAAUUGGUUAAAAGUAAAUCUGAACUGUUUAGUAACAGUUCGCCACCGAAAUCUUCUAAUUCAAUAAGGAGACAUAAAAGUAGAAGGCCGCCCCCGCCACCUUUGGCCUCCCCGGAUUCACCAUAUGCAGGCUCGAUCACAUCGUCUAGAAUAUCACGAAAUAGUAGAGUUUCAACUUAUAAUGAUGAAGGGGAUCAUGUUUCUAGUCCACUUAGGUCACCAAAUGAAAUGGCGAUUAGUUCGGAUAUGAUUAGUCGGAAUGAAUCUUCAAGGAAUUUAAGUACAAGAAGGUCCAACGAAAGUCUACCGUUUAUUUCGUUCGAUAAUACGGAUUAUUCCACUAGGGCUUUACCUCCCUUACCGGCAUAUAAUUUGGAAAACAGUAGAACAACUAACACUACAGAUGAUGGUUCUGAUAUUAUAGAGUAUUACAAAAAAUUAGCACCCCCGCAAGCCGGGGCACGUAUAGCCAGUUCCCAUUCGAAAUUUUCAGACAGUAUUGGCAGUUAUUAUUCUGAUUCCAACUAUGCAUUUAACAACUCAACUGCUAGAAAUAGCAGUUUCAACUCUUUAUUAGGUGGGAAACCAUUGGAUUUGGCUCCCAGUAUUACGGCACCAACACAACCUUUUACGAUUGAUUCACUAGAUGAAAGUAAAUUGUACCAAUGUUAUAGCGUUUCUCGUUUAUCAGACAUCUACGAAUGGAUUCUUAAAGUUUAUUUUGAAUGGUUUAAUGAAUACGUGUUCGGUAAGAUCGAAUUCUUCCAAAUGGUACAACUACUUUUAGAGUUUCAAAUGCCCAAGAAUUUUGAUCAGGAUACCAUAGAUUCUAAUGUGGAUAGAAUCAUUGAAUCUUUAGUUAGUCAAGGUGCUGUAAGGUUUGAUGUCGAGGAAAACGAAGAAAUUGCAAUCAUCAUUGGUGGAUUAGACGUUUCAGGUGUAUUUACUCAACUUUUACCAUGUUAUUCAUUCGUGGACCUUGCAUAUUAUCCUAUUCCAACGAAUUCGACACAAUGUUAUUCUAUAACCUGUGUUAGUCGUUCGAUUGCGGAUGUAAGACCAGAAAUCAAGUUAUCAGAUUUUAUCAACAAAUCAGUAGGACUUUGGACAGAUUAUUGGAAGUUGACUCCAGAAGAAAUUGCAGAGAUCAAUCCUCGUGAGGUCCAAAAGCAAAGUUUUAUUUUUGAUUUGAUUAUCUUAGAAGAAAGAUCAAUGAAUAUGGCAAAUGCCGCUGUAGAAAUAUAUGGUGCUCGAUUUGAUCCGGAUCUUUUACCCGAUGAACCUGAGUUCGCCACUUUGGCAUUUGAUGUAUUCCAUCCACUAAUACAACUGCAUAAGGAAAACCUUUUGUCUCCCAUCUUUUGGAAAUUGAAGACAAAGGGGAAAUUUAUCGAUGGUGUGGGUAAAAUCUAUUUGAAAUGGUGUAACGAGGCCCGUGAACCUUAUUUCAGAUAUGCUACUGCAAUGGCUACAGUACACGAAAUAAUUACAUGGGAAAAGCAACAUAAUACUAGAUUCGCACAAUGGUUGAGGGAAAUAGAUAACUCACCUGAAGUGACAAGAUCAAAGAUGUAUCAUGAUGUUAUCUUUUUCGGUGGGUUUUUCAAAUCCCUCCAAAAUUUACCGAUAACGUUAAAUUCUAUAUUGAAAAAUACAGAACCUUCUGUGGAAGAUUAUGAAUAUCUGAAAUUGGUCAUUGCAGAAGUUGAAAAUUUAAGUGCAGAAGUGGAUCGUGUUCAUGGUAGAGCUAUAGACCAUAGAAGUCUUGUCAGAUUUUCCAAGCAAUUGGUAAUUCGAAACCCAGGUAAUGGAAGUUCUGGUGGCUAUGUUAAUGUAGCCAGUAAUAGUAUUAAGGAAAGUUUAGGAGGGUCUUACGAAGGGCUGGACCUUGGUUUGACAGACCCUGAAAAAAUAAUCAUACACUCGGGCACUGUUUUAAAGAAAAGGGAGAUGUGGUUAGACUCUUCACCUGUAUUUAUUGUUCUGUUGGAUAACUAUUUCCUAAUAACAGAAUUUAUGCGUAAGGGAAAUGUGGAACGGUUUAGGCUGGUAGAAAAACCAAUACCCAUUGAUUAUUUGAAUUUGGAACAGAAAAGGGGUCAGGAUAUUUCUGGUAGUGCGAGCGCUAGUAUAAGGGAAUCCUCUAUACGAGACGGUAGACCAUCGAGUCAAACACCAAUUGCGGCUGUAAAGCCUCAUUUGGUCAGUGCUGCUACUACAGUGAGAACGAUUUACAAUUCUGAUAAAUCAUCGAGUGCAGCAGAAUCUACCAACGCCAACGCCGGAUCUUUCGAAUAUUCAUUUAAAGUUCGUAAUACCGCCACUAGUGAGUCAUUCACUUUCUUUACCUCAACUCAAAAUGAGUACCAAAACUGGAUAAAUGCCUUCAUGGAAUGCUUCAAGUGUAAACGCGGAUCUUCGCGCGCCUUUGAUUUGCAAGUAUUAAGCACUCAAUUUGCAUAUACUGAAAAAGAUGCUCCAGUGAAUUUACCGGUUGCACCAGAGGGAUCUGAAAUUGACGUAGCUUUGAAGAAUUAUGAAGCCAGAUUGAGUGUUCGAGAAGUGGAUGAGCAAGAACUUUGGGUAACUCCUACUACGAUUUUUUGUUCCACUGAAUUUGAGCUUGAUGGUAAAAGCUUCCGUUUGAUCGCUACAGAUUAUGGUAUAUUGAUAAGAGAAGAAUCUGGAUAUGAGAAAAAUUUUGUGAAAUUAAUACAAACCAACGAUGCAAGACAAAUGGAAGUUAAUACUAAAUUAGGUCUUCUCUUUGUCUUGCACGAUAAAUUGCUGUGUUAUUUUAGCAUUUCAAGCAUCCUAAGUGCAUAUUGUGAUCCAGCCAAAUUUACUAAAUCCAACCACCUGGUAGGAGUGGUAAUAAAGGAUAAAGUUGGUUAUUUUAAGCUUGCAGAUGAUUUUGGUAAUUCCAAACAUUUACUCUACGAACGCAAAAAUAAGAUUGUCGUUUUAACACCUGAGUUUGAUAGAAUAACCAAAUUACUGAAAUACUUCAAGAAGUACAAAGAAUACAAAUUACCAUCAUCUGCUAAUGGAUUAUUGGGAUACGACGUUCAAGAUAUUGUAGUUUUCAAGAAAAGUUUUAUCCUUUGUACAUCUAGAGGUGCUAUACUUUAUCAUGAUACUUUCAACGAUGAUGGAAUUAUCCUGCCUAGCUUUUUGAAUGAUAGUGUAAUGAUGUCGUAUACAAAGCAUUCACAUUUGAGUUCUAAUCUUUUCAAGACAGCCAUGGAAUCCAGUUCGAAAAAAGAUAUGUCAAAACAAAAGAUAGCAGAAUAUGUGAAGAAGGAUAUAGCCACUUCAAAGACAAAGACUAAGACUUGUUUCCAAAUCGGCAAUUCAGGAAAUUUCCUAUUUGUUUAUGAUGAAGCUGUGAUUAAGGUUGAUAGGCAUGGUGAGAUGCCAAAUUGGACUGAGGAUAUUCUAGUCUUGGAUUUUUACUGCACUGGUGCUUGCUUUUACGAAGGUUAUUUGAUUCUCGUUGGUGACAAUCUGAUCCAAAUUUACAGGGUAAAAGACUCAGAAGUACAACUUUCUAGAUUGGCACCGGUUCAAAUCAUCAAGGGUAAGAAAAUCAAGCUACUCAAUUCAUCCAAGACUGGCAACCCUGUUUUUAUUUUAAGUCAUCCACAAAUCGCAAACAGACAGCUCUUAUUAACUUGUAAAUCGAGAACAGGCAGAAAUUGA